AUAAGUAUGAUGCCUCUGGGAACAUUGCUUCUCCCUGUUCUGUGUUUCCUGGGGCCAACAAUUCCACAGGAACUACGGUAUCCCACCUUUUCGCGCAAUGCCACCAAAUUUAUUCACUUUAUUAUGGAUCCCGAUUCAGGAACUCUGUAUCUGGGGGCUACCAACUUCCUGUUUCAGUUGACCCCAGACCUGGUGAUGGAAGAAGCGGUUUCCAUGGGCCCCAUCUUAGACAGCAAAGAUUGUCUUCCUCCUGUUUUCAAGCAGGAUUGUCCCCAAGCCCUGGAGACCGACAACUACGUCAAACUCCUGUUGAUCAACUCGCUAGAGAAGGAGCUCAUUGUUUGCGGCAGUGUGUGGCAAGGCAUCUGUGAGAAGAGGACUCUCGGCUUCAUUAAACAUGUCCUCUUCCAACCCCGGACACCAGGAGACACUCAAUAUGUGGUAGCCAAUGAUCCCAAUAUUUCCACCGUGGGGCUGGUUGGUUACUCCAAAGAAAACGUGCCGCUUCUCUUUGUUGGCCGAGGAUACACCAGUCGGGGCGUCGGAGGCAGUAUCCCUCCCAUCACAACUCGCAAUCUCAGGGCCCACCCAGGAGAGGUGCCAGGGCCCGACUCCCACUCCAUUUUUUCCUACGAGGAAACAGCCAAGUUGGCUGUAGGUCGACUCUCCGAAUACAGCCACCAUUUUAUUAAGUCGUUCACUCACGGUUCCAGUGUCUACUUCCUGUUCUACCGGCGUGAUCUCAAGUCGCAGUCCCGGGAGUACAAGACGUACAUUUCCCGGAUCUGUCUGGAUGAUGCCCACUAUUACUCUUACGUGGAGCUGCCCUUGGUCUGCAGGACCCAAGAGAAGACCUAUAGCCUCUUGCAGGCAGCCUAUGUGGCACAGACAGAGGUAGAAGGACAAGUAGGAGAUGCACUUUUUGUGACUUUUUCUGCCUGGCAGGCUUCUUUGGGGAAACUGAGUGAGGAAUCUGCACUCUGUGUUUAUCCCAUGGAGGAAGUAGAUCGCUUCAUAACUCAAACCAGGGACCUUUGUUAUACCAAGGACGGGAAAACGGAGGAUGGCAGGGAGGUGGCCUACAUAGAAUACGAUGUCAGCUCUAGCUGCGUCCAGCUCUCCGCAGUAAGUGCACUUUUAUUAAAUUUCUACCUCACCCGUUUCACCUAAGUGACUCUGCGAGGUUUACGACAUCCCAUUUAUUGCAGAUGGAUGUAAAAUCUAUCCAGGGUGCAGGAAAAGUCAGUGCCCACAAGCAGUUUGUUACAUCAAUUACGUUAAAGGUUUGAAUGGGUUGCCAUUUCCUUCUAAGGGCUUAACCUAUUUGUGUAACGCAUGACCUUUGAAUAACCUAACAUUUUCUCAGAAAAAAAAAUUAAUAAAACAUACUGCCCUUUGGGGAUCGUAUUUUAAGUACAUCCUAUGCAUGUAAUUCACAUGGUUUUGGAUGGGAUUCCCAGGCAAUUUGCCAUUCAGGCCUUCCCAGUCACAUUGUUUUCCAAGCUGAAGAUCCCUCAUAACUUUUAAGAAGUUUGUUGGAGGAGACAUUCCAGCAAACAAGGAUGAUGAUGAUUAGAUAUCUGUCCCAUUCAUUCAUUCAUUCAUUCAUUCAUCUAUCUUUCUUGGUCAAUUCAAGUUGGUGAACUCACCUUUUGCUCCUAUCUUCUAUU